GGGCCGCGAGGAAGGCUGGGCGGGCCGGACGAACGGCGCCGCGGGGUUGGCUGCUGCCCCGAGGCCGGACUCAACGGAUUCGGGCCGCGCCACCGGGCGAGCUCGCCGCCCGGCCCCAUCCCGGAGCCAGCGAGCAAGCGAGGCGGCGCCGCGCGAUUUGCUUGUAAAUGCAUCACGAAGAGGCAGCCCAGAAUGAAGAAAACAAGCAGGAGUGUUGGCUCAGUGCCUAAGGUGUCUGGGAUAAGCAAAGCGCAAGCAGCAGACAAAACGAAACCCGAAAACAGCUCUUCAGCAUCUGCAGGAGGCAAACUCGUGAAACCUGGAACAGCAGCUUCGUUGUCAAAGACCAAGAGCAGUGAUGACCUUUUAGCUGGGAUGGCUGGAGGGGUGACUGUGACUAAUGGUGUCAAAGGGAAGAAAAGCACCUGCCCUUCCGCAGCACCAUCAGCAUCCGCCCCUGCCGUGAGCACCAUGGAGAACAGACCCAAGAGUAGCACAGGCAUGAGUUCUUCAACCAAGCGGAGCACUUCCACAGGUAAUAAAGAAUCCAGUUCUACUAGAGAAAGAUUACGUGAACGUACCCGACUAAACCAGAGCAAAAAACUACCUUCUGCAGGUCAGGGGGCUAAUGAUAUGGCGUUGGCUAAACGUUCCCGCAGUCGCACGGCUACGGAAUGCGACAUUCGUAUGAGCAAGUCCAAAUCGGACAAUCAGAUCAGUGACAAAGCUGCUCUGGAAGCCAAAGUGAAGGAUCUUCUCACACUGGCAAAAACCAAAGACGUGGAGAUUUUACAUUUGAGGAAUGAACUCCGAGACAUGCGUGCUCAGCUGGGCAUUAACGAGGACCCUCCUGAGGGGGAUGAGAAGUCCGAGAAGGAAGCCAUCAUUGUUCACCAGCCCACUGACGUCGAGUCCACUUUAUUGCAGUUACAGGAACAGAAUACUGCCAUCCGCGAGGAGCUCAACCAGCUGAAAAAUGAAAACAGAAUGCUAAAGGACAGGUUGAACGCACUGGGCUUCUCCCUGGAGCAGAGGCUAGACCAUUCUGAAAAACUGUUUGGCUAUCAGUCCCUGAGCCCAGAGAUCACCACUGGUAACCAGAGCGAUGGAGGGGGGACUCUGACUUCCUCGGUGGAGGGCUCUGCCCCUGGAUCAGUGGAGGAUCUCCUGAGCCAGGAUGAAAACACCCUCAUGGACCAUCAGCACAGUAACUCUAUGGACAACCUGGACAGCGAGUGCAGCGAGGUGUACCAGCCCCUCACAUCCAGCGAUGAUGCCCUGGACGCACCAUCGUCCUCGGAGUCAGAAGGCAUUCCGAGCAUAGAGCGCUCUCGGAAGGGGAGCAGCGGGAACGCCAGCGAAGUGUCCGUCGCUUGUUUGACGGAACGGAUACACCAGAUGGAGGAGAACCAACACAGUACGAGUGAGGAACUUCAGGCGACUCUGCAAGAGCUCGCUGAUCUACAGCAGAUCACCCAGGAGCUGAACAGCGAAAACGAAAGGCUCGGAGAGGAGAAGGUGAUUCUCAUGGAGUCGUUAUGUCAGCAAAGCGAUAAGUUGGAACACUUCAGCCGACAGAUCGAAUAUUUCCGCUCCCUUCUAGAUGAGCAUCACAUUUCCUAUGUCAUAGACGAAGAUAUAAAAAGUGGACGCUACAUGGAACUGGAGCAACGCUACAUGGAUCUAGCUGAGAACACCCGUUUUGAACGGGAGCAGCUUCUUGGCGUCCAGCAGCAUUUAAGCAAUACUUUGAAGAUGGCUGAGCAAGACAACAAGGAAGCUCAGGAGAUGAUCGGGGCACUCAAAGAGCGCAACCACCACAUGGAGCGAAUCGUCGAGUCUGAGCAGAAGGGCAAGGCAGCCUUGGCAGCCACGCUGGAGGAGUUCAAAGCCACAGUGGCCAGUGACCAGAUCGAGAUGAAUCGCCUGAAGGCCCAGCUGGAGAACGAGAAGCAGAAAGUGGCGGAGCUGUAUUCCAUCCAUAACUCCGGAGACAAGUCUGACAUUCAGGAUCUCCUGGAGAGUGUCAGGCUGGACAAAGAAAAAGCAGAGACUCUGGCCAGUAGCCUGCAGGAAGAUCUGGCUCACACCCGGAAUGAUGCCAAUCGAUUGCAGGACACCAUCGCAAAGGUAGAAGAUGAAUACAGAGCCUUCCAAGAAGAAGCUAAGAAGCAAAUAGAAGAUCUGAAUAUGACAUUAGAAAAAUUAAGAUCAGAGCUGGAAGAAAAAGAGACAGAAAGGAGUGACAUGAAAGAAACGAUCUUUGAACUUGAAGAUGAAGUAGAACAGCACCGGGCAGUGAAGCUUCAUGACAACCUCAUCAUCUCCGACUUAGAGAAUACAGUUAAAAAACUCCAGGACCAGAAACACGACAUGGAAAGAGAAAUCAAGACACUCCACAGGCGACUUCGGGAAGAAUCAGCAGAAUGGCGGCAGUUUCAGGCUGAUCUCCAGACGGCGGUGGUCAUCGCAAAUGACAUUAAAUCUGAAGCCCAAGAGGAGAUUGGUGAUCUGAAGCGCCGAUUACACGAGGCUCAAGAAAAGAAUGAGAAACUCACAAAAGAGUUGGAGGAAAUAAAGUCACGCAAGCAAGAGGAGGAGCGUGGCCGGGUGUAUAACUACAUGAAUGCUGUUGAGAGAGACUUGGCAGCCCUGAGGCAGGGGAUGGGGCUGAGUAGAAGGUCCUCGACUUCCUCCGAGCCGACCCCUACGGUGAAAACCCUCAUCAAGUCAUUCGACAGUGCGUCUCAAGUCCCCAGCCCUGCUACAGCUGCAAUUCCUCGAACGCCUCUGAGUCCAAGUCCCAUGAAAACACCCCCUGCGGCAGCCGUCUCCCCCAUGCAGAGACAUUCCAUAAGUGGACCAAUCUCUACAUCUAAACCCCUGACAGCCCUGUCAGAUAAGAGACCAAACUACGGAGAAAUUCCUGUUCAAGAGCAUCUACUAAGAACAUCUUCAACCAGCCGACCUGCUUCUCUGCCGAGAGUACCUGCCAUGGAAAGUGCCAAGACCAUCUCAGUGUCCAGACGAAGCAGUGAAGAGAUGAAGCGAGAUGUCUCUGCACCUGAGGGCACGUCUCCUGCCUCGCUCAUGGCCAUUGGUGCCACGUCGCCACAGCUGUCCCUGUCCUCCUCCCCCACGGCCUCCGUGACCCCCACCACUCGAAGCCGGAUAAGGGAAGAAAGGAAGGACCCUCUCUCAGCAUUGGCAAGAGAAUAUGGAGGAUCCAAGAGGAACGCCUUGCUGAAGUGGUGUCAGAAGAAAACCGAAGGCUAUCAGAAUAUCGACAUCACCAACUUUAGCAGCAGCUGGAACGACGGGCUGGCCUUCUGUGCCCUCCUGCACACGUACCUGCCCGCCCACAUUCCCUACCAGGAGCUCAACAGUCAGGAUAAGCGGAGGAAUUUCACCCUGGCCUUCCAGGCUGCCGAGAGUGUCGGCAUCAAGUCCACACUGGACAUUAACGAGAUGGUCGGGACCGAGCGGCCAGACUGGCAGAACGUGAUGCUCUAUGUGACGGCCAUCUACAAGUACUUUGAGACCUGAGCACCUGAGG